AUGGAUAUAGUACACGGCAAGGAGCUACACUAUGAGGAGCUUGGGCUCAAGCAUCGAGGUAGCGGGCUAGCAUUCAAACAUCUCUUCCUCGGUGAGGAGAAUACUCCCGAGAACUAUCUCUUCAGCAUCGCGCGCCAAGGCGACUUUUACUCGCCUAUUCACCGGCAUACCUUCGAUCAGUUCCGGUACGCAUACCGUGGCGACGUGUCUAUUGCCCCAGAUCUCCUUCUCCAUGAAGAAGAGUUAUGCUACCAUCCGGAGGGUGUUUUCUACGGGCCACAGCUCGAUGAAUGGGGCGAGCGUGAUGUGUUAGUUCUACAAUUUGGUGGAGCGAGUGGCAAAGGAUACCUCAGCUUUGCACAAAUUGCGGAAGGUCAGGAAAAAUUGAAAGAGCAGGGCCGAUUUGAAAAAGGCAAAUAUCACCCUGCAGGUGGCGGGGAGCCGAAGGAUAGCUAUGAGGCUCUUUGGGAGAGCUAUUCGGGUCACCCGCUUGAGUAUCCCGCGGCACGAUAUCACCCAGUCAUUGUUUCAAAGCCAGAUAAUGACUCCUAG